ACUCGAGCUAGCUUGUUAGCCACAGCCGGCUAACGACAGCUACGCGACCGUUGAGCCCAAACGUCGUGCGCUCGUAGCGACCGACCGCGACACAGGUGGUCCGCGCACCUGUCGGCUACCUGGCAGCGAAAGCAAGGGGGGCCGGAGGGGGGGCGAGGGUUUUUUUCUUUUCUUUUCUUUUCUUUCUUCCCAUUUCAACAUGACUCAUGUUCACUACAAAUUCUCCUCCAAACUCAGCUACGACACGGUGGUGUUCGACGGCCCGCACGUCACGCUGCGGGAGCUGAAGCGGCAGAUCAUGGGCAGGGAGAAGCUGCGAGCCGGCGACUGCGACCUGCAGAUCACCAACGCGCAGAGCAAAGAAGAGUACAAAGACGACGAGUGUUCGAUCCCCAAAGGCUCCUCCGUCAUCGUCAGGAGGAUCCCGGUCGUCGGGUCGAAGCCCAGCUCCAGCAAGACCCGCCACGUUGAGCGAUCAGAUGGCCAGACUCACCAAGCCUUUGGAGCCUACAGAGCAAUGGAGGACCAGAGUUCUUCCAGGGCUUUGCCCCUUUUCUCAAAGAUGGCUAACCUGGCUGAUGUAGAUGGGUCAGAGGAAGAUAAGAUUAAAGUUAUGAUUAAUCAGUCUACCUACGACGCCAUGAAUUACAACAAGAAGUUUGGUACUGUACUUCCUGCCAACUACACCUGUUAUCGCUGUGGAAACACCGGACACCACAUCAGGGACUGUCCCAUCAUCGGGGAUAAGAACUGUGAUGCCCCGGCGAGAAUCAAGAAAAGCACCGGCAUCCCUCGUUCCUUCAUGGUGGAGGUGGACGAUCCCAACACGAAGGGCGCCAUGCUGACCAACUGUGGACGCUACGCCAUUCCUUCCAUCGACAUCGCGGCGUACGCCAUCGGCAAGAAGGAGAGGCCUCCCUUCGUUGCCCAGGAGCAGCCCAAGUCAGAAGAGGAGGAGGAGCCGGUGCCCGAGGAACUCCUGUGUGGGAUCUGUCACGACCUGAUGAGCGACGCUGUGGUCAUACCCUGCUGUGGAAACAGCUACUGUGACGACUGUAUCCGCAGUGCUCUGCUGGACUCAGAGGACCACGUCUGCCCCACUUGUCGCCAAUUGGAUGUCUCUCCUGAUACGCUGAUAGCAAAUAAGUUUCUCCGACAGGCUGUGGAGACCUUUAAGAAAGAGCGAGGCUACACUAAAAGUCUGGCAAGAGGGUGCGGCGCCUCCCAAUCCCAAAAUCCAACCCCGGCAGCGAGCCCUGUCCCCACCGCGCCCCACCUCGGUGUGCCGAGCCAACCGCAGAAGCCUCAUCUGUCGACCCAGCAGGACCCUCUCCGCUCACAGGCUGCAGACACGUCGCCACCGCCUCAGGUGUGUGCGGCUCCGCCCGCAGCUACAAGCCCCGCCUCUUCCCCCACCACACCGAGCACUGACCUCCAGCCUGAGCAAAUCCAGCCGGAGGAACCCGACAGAGAGGCUGAAGAGAAGACAAACGACGACGACGACGCUGCUGCUCCGUCCCCAAAGCCCCCCACCGAUGCCCCUUCACAGCUGAUCCCCCUGGUGAACCUGACUCCGCUGGCGGAGGAGCCGCAGGCGGCCGGCGUGGAUCUCGAGCAGCCCCCCUCAGGUCCCGCCCCCAAGCGCUCGGCGCCAUCGACGUGCUGGGAAAGCUCCUCCUCCUCCUCCCCCCUCUGUCCCACUGGAGGCUGGAGUGAGUCCGGCCUCCAGCAGCUUCGUCCCUCUUUCUCCCCCUAUCCGGCGACUCCUCCUCCUCCUCUCUUCCCGCCGCCUCAUUUCCACACAUUCCUGGCCGCCCAGCAGCCUCUCAGCGGUUUCCCCCCUGGAUACCCCCCCCCUACGCCCCUUUGGACACUGCCAAACCUCCAGGGGGCCCCCAUCCCUUCCCUGUGCCCCUCUACCGCCAUACCGGCCCUCAUCCCCAAGGAGUGGUACCGGCAUCAGACGAAGAAGGAAAGGUCCCCUCACAGAGAAUCCUCCAGCAGGCGCUCCUCCUCCCGAUCGGAUCCAAAGUCCUCAAAGUUCAAGCCUUCUCGCUCUUCGAGCAGGUCCAGGUCCCGGUCUCGGUCCCACGGCCGAUCAAGGCCGCCCUCGCGCCACAAAGACCUGCACAGCCGCUCUCACUCCUCCCGCUCCUACAGCUUUGGUUACAAACGUUCCCCCACGCCGUCCUCCUCGUCCUCGCCGCGAGGCGGCUACCGCUCCAGGCACAAGUCGCCGGCGGACCCCCGCCAAAGAAGCGGCCACCACAGUCGCCACCACGGUAAGAAAUCCGCUUCGGGCGGCGGCGGCGGCAGCGGCUCCGCCUCCAGGAGGCGAGGGGAGGAUGACGAGAGGGAGGCGGGAGCCUCGGGGGGGAGCUUACCUGGACACCUGUACGCUCAGCACGCCAAUCCGAGUGGCGGCCUGGACAGAGAGCGCUACCUGCGGUGGAGCCGCGAGUACAAAGAGUGGUGUGAUAAGUAUUUCAGUAGCUACGUCGGCCACUUCCACCAGCUGCCGCUUCCCCUCCUCAAUAUCCCCCCUCCCCCCCAGUGGGAGGACGGGGAAGGAAGCGCAAACCGCUCUGACUAUGGCGGCCGACGCCGCGGACGACGCGCCGCUCGGACGGAGGGCCGCUCGCCGCCAUCGCGCUCCUCCAGCGACAGCCGCUCCCCUCCAUCGCGCUCCUCGAGGGACAGCCGCUCCACGCUGUCUCAGUCGUCCAGCGACAGCCACUCGUCUCCGUCUUGUUCGUCCGGGAGCCUGUCCUCGCCGUCUCGGUCGUCCAGCGACCGGCGCUCCACACCGUCCAAAGGGGGUGUUCAGCCGAGGGCACAGAGCGGCGCCGGGAGCUGCGCCGGCCCGCCGGUCACAAAGAGCGGGGAGGACGAGAAGCACGAAGACGUGAAAGCUUUGGGGAGACUCGGCACCUUAAAACAGCAGCCAAAGAAGAAACGCGCCGAAGGAGGAGACGAAGAGUCCUCGUCCCUCGAUGCUGCUGACUCGGCGGAUGACUGCAGGGAGGACCGGAGGAGGCGCGGCGCCGGACCAAAAGCCUUCAGGGACGGCGCUCCUGCGCGGGACGAACGGACUACCGGCGAUGCCUUGGAACCUGCCCGGCCACUCGCCCAACCAGAGAGACGCCGGGAUAAAGAGUAUGAGAGAAGACGCAGAGAACACAGGCACGUGGAAGUGGAGAAAGGACGGAGACGAGGCAAACAUUCCGACUCCAGGCAGGAUGUGGGGAGGAGGCACAAAGAGACGGACACGCGGCGCACUGACAGACCGCCAACCGGCAGCACCGACUCGAGAUCACACCGGAGUAGGAAAAGAAAAGGAGAAGAGAGAGAGAGAAGUUCUCUCAGGGCGGAAAACAGCAAAUGCUUGAAAACGAACACCGCAGAGGAACCCAAAAGCCGCAGGAGUGAAUCCCUGAAUCCACUUGACAAGAAGACGCCAAAAGCGGAGCAGAAGAAAGAGAGGAAAGCUUUGCCUCUGACGGAGAGAGACGUCUGGGAGGGGGGGAUAAGUGUGAAACCACAGAAGAAGAUAAGCAUCAACAUUAACCUCGAAGGAAAGCGGAGCGAAGAGAAAACUGAAAAGCAGCCGUUUUCUUAUUUCGACAACGCGAAGGAAGAAGUCAAGGAGGCAGGACAGAAGGAGAAGUCAAACGGAGACACAGACACUGAGGCAAAUGAGAAGACCGAGUCCAGCAGAGAAGUGGAAGGUCUGUCUGAAGAAAACGUCCAACCAAAUGAAGAAGCAAGACAGAAAUGGGAGAAAGCUACCUUCAGGGAUGAUAAGGGAGCGACGUUGGAGAAAACGGCGACUCCCGCCCUCAGAGCGGAGGAGACAACCGAACAGGGUCAACUGCUGUGGGACGAAGGAGACGGGACGGAGGCCAGCAAAGGGGGAGAGGUGAGGAACACCAGGAGCGUGAGGGGAGGAGAUGCAGGACCGGCGACGGGAGAAAGCACAUUGGCGGAGAACAAGGGAAACUCGCCGGGGGAGUCAAAGGACGUCCCGAUGGAGGGAGGAGAGUGGAGGAUGUGGGAGGACAAGGAGGACGAAUACAGGUCCAAGUGCCAGAGCAGCAUCAGCGAGAUCCACCAAGACGGAGCGAAGCCCCCGAGGGAGGACGGCAGCGGCCACGGGGAUCCUCGGGGUCGGGGGGAGGAGGAGGAGGAGGUGAAAGCUCUGGAGGAAGGCGGCGAGGACAGAGCUGCCGACCAGGAGGACGAGCUCAUAAAGGUCGCUCACAAGGUCGACAAGGGAGAGCCGGAGGAAGACGAGCGGGUCGAAGGAGCGGCCAAAGCUCAAACGGAGGCUCCGUCAUUGGUUCUCCCGCCGUCCUCCGUUCGUGUGACAUCACAGACGACUGCCAACAGGGAGAGAGACGACGAAGAAAAGAGAGAGACGGAGAGAGGAAGAGAAAUCCAGAAAACCCCCGUUUGGUCCAGUUCACACCGAAGUGGGGCUCCCUCCGGCGGCAGAGACAGAAAGGACAGCACGGUGCAUUCAGACAGAGACCGGGAGAGACGGAGGGACAGAGACAGAGGGAGGGAGGGCGAGAGACCAGGGGGAGGGCAGAGAGAGAGCAGAAGAUCGACAGAGCGGGCGAGGGACGAAGACAGGGGGAGGGGCCGGGAGAGAGAGCGGAAGCACGCCAGCGUCUCGGCCCAAAAGAGGGAUCUCCCUUCCUCCUCCUCCUCCCGGUCGAGGUCACAUGACACCGAGAGGGGAGGCUGGCAGCGAGGGGGCGACCCGGGCGAUGCCAGGAGCUCGCCUCGUCCCGGCAGGAAGUUCCCGCCUGGCAGGAGCCGGGAGAGCGGCGCGAUGAGCAGAGCUCCCGAGCUGGCCGAUCAGAAUCCCCACAGAUCAUGCAGAGACACGUUGGUGUCUAAAGACCCCCCAGACAGACCCCUCCCCGCCUGCCCUCCCUCGCAGCCGGAGUCGAGGAAGAGACGCGCCCCCCUGCGGGUCAGAGCCCAGAACCAUCGAUCCGGGAUCACUGCACAACAGAGGCGGGGACGAGGAGCCGCGUGAGCCGAGGCGGGUCCAGAAAGAGCCGCGGGACGGGAGGGCGGGAGGCGGCCGGCGGGAGGGCCGGGGAGCGGACGGACGGACCAGGUGGGAGGCGGCCAGGGAGCUGGAGGAAGGCGAGAGGCCGAGCAGCCACAGCUCAUCGGCGAGCCAGGAGAAGGGCGAGGAGGACGGGAGAGAAGAGAGCGGCGCCAAAGGAAAGCAGCACAAGAAGGAGAAGAGGCCCGGCGGCCCGGAGCCGCCGGAGGACGAGCGGCGCGACAAGCAGCUGAAGACCACGUCAAAGAGGGGCGGAGACGGAAGGGAGGAGAGGAGCGGGGGAGAGGCGGACGGCCUCGGCUCGCUCGCCUCACCGUGACCUUCGCAGCACAAAUAAUGUUUCUCCCCUCGGUCCAAAAAGUGCCUGGAUUUAUUCUUUCAACUUAGUUUUGUUUUCCCACGGUGCUUUUUGUGUCUAAUAUCUGAUCAUCCAAUGGUGAGAGCGAAUGAAUUGUAAAGGAAAAGCACUUUAUACUAAAUAGAAUGAAAGAAAAUGUGAAACCUUGAAUUGUAAAACGUCGCUCAGGUCUGUUACCUCUGAGGGGGUCGUUGCAUUUGCCUCACACAUGCAGAGGAUUAUUGAAAGCAGAAUAUUUAUGAUUUGAAACUGUCAUAUUUAGUUUUUAUUUUGAAUUUUGUAAAUGUUUAAUUUAAAAACUGCUUAAUGGAGAACGAAUUACCAAAGAGGAAGGUUAUAAUUUUUCCUGUUUUGAAGGACAUAAAAAAGAAACAUGAACAUGAAA